AUGAAUUCUUCCACUUUACUACUAUUACUAGCACUACUACUAGUAGUAUCAUUACCUGUGGCAAAAUUAGCUAGCUUAUUUCAUCCUGGUACCGAGCAAAGUGUAGCUGUAAAAGGUAAAUUAUUGUGCAACGGUGAACCAGCUGCUAAUAUAAAAGUUAAACUCUACGAUGUUGAUGUUGGCUUAGACGAUCUAAUGGCUCAAGGAAGAACUGAUAAAAAUGGUGAAUUUUCAUUAAAUGGUACAGAAACUGAAAUUACACCAAUUGAUCCUAAAUUAAAUAUUUAUCACAAUUGCAAUGAUGGACAUAAGGAUUGUUCACGAAAAGUAUCAAUUAAAAUUCCAAAAAGUUCCAUUGUUGAAGGUGAGAAAGCAGGUGAAGCAUUUGAUAUUGGUGUUCUUAAUUUAUCCAGUAAAUUUCCUGGUGAAACACGUGACUGUAUUAAUUAA